AUGAAUAUAGACAUUGAUGAUAUCUUGGCGGACCUGGACAGAGACACGACCGCUGUGGAUUCUUCACUGAUCUCGCAAACGCAUAACGAUACAACGAUUCUGGGAAGCGAUGGAGCUGAAACCGACAAACUCCGGCACAUCACGAAUGUAUCACCGGUAGAAGACUUUGAAACACUCAUAACGCAUUGGAGAAACGAACGGAUGAGUCCCGAGUUGCUCCCAUUCCCGCAUUUGUUGAUGCAGCGAACGCUACGCAGGGUCCAAGAGCAGGUUGAGCAUAUCGAAGUACUGUCCAUGGGGUAUUUGGACGAUACAGGAGGAUCUGCAGAUGCUUCAGAUAGUAGAAAUGCGACAUUGCUGAGCAAACUGCCACUUUUGGGCAUGGAAGCCGAUCUGGAACGGCUGAGAUUCGUAUUGCGGAGUUUUUUGCGCUGCAGACUGGCAAAAAUCGACAAAUACAAUUUGUACCUGCGCCAGUUCAACGAGGAAGGUGCUGCGGUGUCCUUGGACGAGCUGUUGUCGCGGCAGGAGCUGGAAUACCACGAGCGUCAUUUCGCCAUACUGCUGAAGCUUUUGAACAACUCGAUUUUACGUCAUCUGCCACCUGAACUACAGGCGGUCGACGACAACGACGGCUCUGUGAAAAUGGUGGAGGAACCGGAGUGGACUAGAUUUGUAUUUGUCUUUGUGAGUGGGCCUGACCCUAAAAAAGAGCAGGUACCAGAUCCACGCUUGCUUGUCAGCGAAACGACAGGCCAACAAUUCUACCCGGUAACAAUACAAGAGCUUCAAGAAGAAGCAGAGUUGGCUAUUGGCGGGAUCUACGUGAUGCGCUACAAUGUGGUGCGAGAACUGAUACUGGAGAAUAAGGUCCAACUAAUAUAG